AUGACGAAACGGAUGCCGAACAAGGCGAGCUCCUCAUCGAGGGAGAGCAAAAAUGAAAAAAAACAAGCAGAAAAGGAACAGGAAGAACAACCAGAUAACGGAAACACAAGAAACAUUUUAACCAUGGAAAAUAUUUUGGAGGAAAAAGAUAGAGACAACAAUAAAAAGGUGAAGAACAAAAUAAUUUUAAAAAAUAAAAAAAACACAAGUAGCACGUUUAACAAUAACGAAAUGAGAAUACUUACCAUCCCGAAACAUCGCAUAUCGUCUAUAAAAACCAAUUGGAUGGAAUUAAUCAAGCCAAUUGUUACCCACUUAAAGUUAGAAAUACGAAUGGUUGGAGAUAAAAUCCAAGUAAGGACAUGCAAACUGACUGAGGAUAAAAAUAACCUGCAAAAAUCUUCAGACUAUAUAAAGGCAUACUUACUUGGAUUCACCAUUGAAGAUUCUUUAGCCCUACUAAGGAUAGACGAUUUAUAUAUAGAAAGCUUUCAAGUGAAGGAUGUAAAAAUAUUAAAAGGGGACCACCUGUCCAGAUGCAUUGGCAGAAUAUGUGGCAGCAACGGGGCAACAAAAUAUGCCAUAGAAAAUGCCACCAAAACGAGGAUAGUCAUAGCAGGAGAUAAAAUUCAUAUAUUAGGCAGCUUCAACAAUAUAAAAAUGGCUAGAUACUCCAUCUGUAGUUUAAUUCUUGGUUCAACACAGGGUAAAAUUUUUAACAAACUUAAUAUCCUCGCGAAGAGGAUGAAGGAGAGGUUUUAG